AUGCAAUCGCCCUUCGAUCCACGCAGCGAGCGCCGCGGAGCUGCCUAUCAUGCUCAUCUCGCAAAGUCAAAUGCGAUAAAUCUGUUCCUUGUUCACGAUGCAUCAAGCGUGGCCAGGCUGAAUCAUGCAUGGCAAGACGGUUCCGAAACUCCAACAUAUCAGGAGCUUAAGGAAGAAAAUGAUCGCUUGCGACAGGAGAUUACUACACUAAAGGCGCAGCAAGGGCGUCGUCAAAGCAGUACACUACCGCAAUUCCAUAUAUCCAGCAACUCAUUAGAUGAUCUAGAGUAUACUCCUGGCGAGCUUGCUGAUGACCUAUGGGAAAGCCUGGCUUUGGAGUCUCACACUAGCGCUUCUUGUGUGUUAGACUGGGCGGAUGUCAUUUUACCCAACGCAGACUGCAGCAGGAAGCUGAUAGAGUUUGAUAUGACAUGGGAUUCUUGGGUUCAUUAUGCUCUGGAAUAUCCUCAAUUCAAGGACGAAUGCGAUAAGUUCGCAGGAGAUUUAGAGGUAGGCCUUACUCUUGCUGAGGCUGACGUGUCAUGGCUCGCUGUCUACUUUAGCGUUCUCAGUACAGCUCUUUUGAUGAUGGAAGACGACGAAGCUCAAAGCCUGCCACUCUCCCCAGGAGUUACCAUAGAACAAGUGUCUCAAAAUUGGUACGAGGCAGCCAUUUUCUGUCUCCACAAGGCAGACUUCCUGCGAGUACCCAACGUGCUCAGCGUACAAGCAAUAGCUGUCCUAUGCAUGGCCUUCAAUAACCGUGGGGAUUCGGAGAUGGGACAUCACUUCCGAGUAUCGGCGAUCCGGAUUGCACAAGCUCUCCGCUUAGCACAGGAUGAUGGUAAACGUAAGGAAAGGAGGUAUCUGGGCCUUGAAGCAGAACGCCGUUUAUGGUGGACACUGGUCAUCUGCGAAUGGUUGAACUUGACGCAUGGAUCCCCAGUUAUAGACGAAUCUGACUUUAGCAUUCCCCUGCCUUCUGUCUCCCACCGCAAGGCACAGGAUAUGCUCGUGGACCCCGUUCACUAUCACAUCUUCAUGGCUCGAACAUCUCAAGUCAUAUACAAGUUUCGCAUAUCACUAAAAUAUGGUGUCAAGUCGUUGAAAAGUGCCAUCGACAUCGUCAAAGCUGCCGACGAGGGACUAGCGAGCAUUAUUGACUCGCUGCCAAGCCACUUGCAGCCCGAGAGUGAUGCGGUCACGGACGCAGAGAUCCAAGCUCUUGAGAGUACCCAACCGUGGAUCAAAUGGCAACGCUACGACUUGACUCUCGUCCUCCUGCAUCUGCGCAUGCACAUCAACCGCGUUCUUCAAAAGCAGUGGCUGUCAUCUCCCGAGGAAUAUCACUGGGCACGAACGGUUAGCGUCACGUCUGCCAUGAGCCUAAUUUGGAUUAACCGAAGCUGGGAUCAGCCGGCAUCAACUAGAAAGCAGUGGUAA